AAUCAGAUGCGGAGUCUGAACAGAACUGGUAUGGCUCAGCAUGUUCCUGGUCGUGUACCUAGGAGCGCGGCGAGCGGCGGAAGUCAGCGCAAUGGUCCAUCCAUGAAAGCCUGACCGCUCUUCUCUCCACGUCCAAAGCAUAUAGCACACCCGCAAUGGCGGAGUCGACUUCCACCGCCAACGAUACAGUCCUGGUCACAGGCGGAUCCAGUUUCAUCGGCGGCUAUACCAUCCUCAAGCUACUCGAAAGAGGUCAAUACUCCAUUCGUACAGCCGUCCGUUCGCAAGGCCGAGUCGAAGAGACACGAUCGAAUCUCCGUUAUGGCGGCGCCACAGAGGAGCAAGUAGCCGGCAUCGAUAUCGUGGUCGCAGACCUCAUCGCCGACGAUGACAAGACGUGGCAGAAGGCCUGCGCUGGAGCUCGCUACGUGAUUCAUGUGGCGGGCAUGAUUCCGACGGGCAAGGAGAAGCGCCUGGAAGAGCUUUUGGUACCAUUGAGGCAGGGUGUUCUGAGAAUGCUCGGUGCGGCAAAGGCCGCAGGUGUUGAGAAGGUGGUCUUCACGAGUUCGAUCGCUACACUGGCACACGGGCAUGGCGCACGGGACAAGACGGAGCCAUUAACCGAGGAUGACUGGACGGAUCUGUCCGAUGAGAAAGAGAAGGUACACAUAUAUCCUCGUGCAAAGACACUCACGGAGCAAGCUGCUUGGGAGUAUGUCAACGAAGGAGAUGGCAAGGGAAUGCAUUUAACAGUCAUUUGCCCUGCGGCCACGUACGGGCCUUCUCUGAACAAGGACUAUCGAGCGAGUCUGAAGCUGAUUCUGAUUCUGUGCGGUGGAACGCCUGGCAUGCCUUAUUAUGGCACCGGCAUGGUUGACGUUCGAGACGUUGCCGAACUGCAUGUUCGAGCGAUGGAAAGUGAGAAAGCCAACGGACAGCGAUACCUGGCCAUUGCACGCUGUACUAGCAAUAGCACAAGUGAAGCACAAGAUGUGUGCAACUUUGUGGAUAUCGUGACCUCGGCGGACAUCUUACGGAAAGGUCUGCCCGCGGAGAACACCAAGAAGAUCACGAAACUCAUGAUUCCGAACUGGGUGAUGAGAAUGGCAUCGUGGUUCGAUCCGGUGGUCAACCUGUGCCUGCCAGACUUGGGCAAGGAAUUGGCUGGUUCGAAUGCAAAGGCCAGACGAGACUUUCAGUGGGAACCCAUCACGGUCGAGGAGUCGGUGCUUGCGGGUGCUAGAAGUCUCAAGGAGUUUGGUCUGAUCUGAGGCGAUGCAUCCUUCUAGAGCUGAUGUUGAGAGGCAAAACGUUCAACACCAUUGCACACGACUGAUAGACACAUAGACCAUAAU